AUGGUUGGGGUCGGCUCAGAUGACCUCUCAGAUGUGGAUGAAGCAGAUCCUCAGCCGAAGCGAAGGCGAGUGCGGUGUAUCAGUGUGAGCAGUGAAGACGACGACGAAGAAGAAGAAGCGAAGCAGUUGGUGGCUCCUGAGAUCGUUCGGAUCGUAAAUCGACGUGGUCACGGCAGCUCUUGUGAGUAUCCGGUACAGUGGGAAGACCGCUCGUCGGGUUGGAAAGCAGCAGCCGAACUACUGGAGCAUUGCUCGGAGCCGAUGAAGACGUGCGACAAGUACCUGGACAAACACCCAAAGCGCGACGUACCCUUCGCGUCGUUCAUCAGCUCUGAUCUCCCAUCGAUCCAGCUAUUGGCAAACGACAGUGCACUACACGCAGUGCAAAUGGUGUUCGAGCUGAUGGGCGGUCUGGAGCGAGAAGUCACGGAGCUCGGGAAGCGGAAAGAGGUAUUUAUGCAGCGUACGAGUACCGACACUGGAGACAGCGGCGGGCUGAAGUAUUCACAGCUCGUGGCGUUUCUUCGGGACGAAGUCCCACACACAGGAUACCGGGUGUGCAAGGCCACGUUUAAGAAGAACCGGUACAAGGGCAUCGGCCAUGGACCGCUGGGAGUCGCGCAGUUGACAUGGCGCACUGUCGAUCUACUCGCAAAUGGAGUGUACCUCGUCUACAGACUCAGGUCCUCUCGGCGUGGCCACUGCAUCGCAGUGAUGAGGGACGGGGACUCGAUGGUGGUGCGGGAAAACAGCGUGACCCUCGGCAUUAUGACCCAGACGUGGAUCCGGAAUAUCUGUUUUGUACGUCAAAUCUUGCUCCUGAAGGACGCAGCGUUGGUCUCGUAG